AUGUAUUCGCAGUCGAGCGCAGGUGGCGCCUCGACCACGUCCAACCUCGAGUCGACCAUCACUCGCCUCCUCGUCGCGACCAAGCAGCUCCUCGAAGGACUCGCCAAAUGGUCCCGCCGCGAGGUGGACGAGGAGGAGAUCUCGCAGAUCUACGUCAAGCUGGGCAACGACUUCAACGUCGCCGUCGCCGCCUUUGCUCGCGAGGGCAUCACGAUGAACGAGCUCAUGGCGGUCCCGUCCGACCUGCGCGUCUGCCUCGAGAGCUGCUUGUCCAACCCUCCCUCGCAAGCCACCCUCGAGCUCCACCUCCCUGACGUCCGCCAGAUCAUCAUCGGCCUCCUCCACGGCCUCCGCGACAAGCAGCGCCAGUACCGCGAGGGCGUCGCCGCACGCCGCGCCCGCGAGGCCAACGCCAAGGGCAAGGCGCCGGCUCUGCCGCCCUCCGUCAUCAGCGCUCCCUCCCCUCUUCCCUCGACCGUCAUCCGCCCUCCUUCCAUCGCCUCGGUCGCCUCGUCCGCCGAGGAGCCGCACGUCCAGCAGGCGCAGGCCGCCUCUCUCGAGGCUCUCAAGGCCUCGGACAACCUCUCGCGCCGAGCGAGCAAGCGCUACUCGGCGUACGCGAUCCAGAAGAUGACGAGCCCGACCCCGGGCUCCGCCAUCCCCACCUCGACCUCGUCGACCUCGCUCCGCCCCGCCGUCGACGCGCCUCGGUCGCCGUCGCCGGCGCUCCCGCCGCUCCCUACCGACGCACCUUCCUCCUCUACCGACGCACCCUCGACCACGCCUCGGCACCCACCGCCGUCGUCGCCUCCUUAUCUACCGCCGCCGUCGUCCGAGCCCGAGUACCCGUGCUCCAUCUUCCUCCAGAUCGGCCGCGACGUCAAGAAGGCGCGCCUGCUCGGCCCGCCCGACAUCCAGAGCCUGCGCCAGCUGUUCGUCGAGCGGUUCGGGUUUAACCCGGGCAUGAGCGGCUGGCCCGACGUGUACCUGCGCGACACGGAUGCGGGCGUGCACUUUGAGCUCGAGGACAUGAGCGAGGUGAGGGCGGGCAGCGUGCUCAGCCUCAACGUCGACACCGUCGAGGCCGUCAAGCAGCACAUCGACCUGGGCAUGUCCACGCUCGCGCAGGACAUUAAGGAGCUUCGCGCGACCGUGACCGCCAUGCGCCGCCUGUCGAUGUCGGCCUCGUCCGCCACGCUCGCCCUCCCGCUCCUGUCGCCGUCGUCGCAGCCUCCGCCCGAGGCCCCGUCGUCGCCGAGCGAGAAGCAGUACCAGCAGGCGGCGCACAAGAACCUGCGGCGCGAGAUCGGCGUCCUGCGCCAGAUCUACGCCGACUUUACCUCGUCGACCAAGGAGAUGUUCGCGUCGGUGCGGGUCCAGACGAGCCACGUGCAGCACCUCGCCCAGUCCAAGCUGUCGACCGACCGGGCGUUCGUCGAGGCCGGCACCGCCAAGCUCGAGGCCGAGAGCACCGACCUCGUCCUCCAGGUCGACACGCUCCAGGACACGAUCGACACGAUCCGCACCGACACGCUCCGAGGCGUCAAGCCACGGCCGCAGCACCUGAGCGAGGUCGCUUCGUCGCUGCGCAAGGCGACCGACGCGCGCACCAAGCUCGCGACCUGGCUCGCCGACGUCAAGCCGACGUGGUCCCAGAUGUGGAGCGUCGAGUUGAGCAAGAUCCUCGCCGAGCAGAAGGCGGUCGAGGAGCAGGCGACGCUCCUCGCCGAGCUCGACGACGACCUGACCGAGGUGUCGGGCGUCCUCACCAACAUCCAGGCCGUCGCGCGGCAGCUCAAGGGCCCGGCCGGCGGCACCGGUGGCGCGACGAGGCGCGAGCUCACGUCGCUCGGCGGCGCCGACGACGCCAAGCGCGGUUUGUCGACCAUCCUGCUCGAGGUCAAGGCGCUGCAGCCCGACCCGUCGCGGCGGCUCGAGGCGAUCGCGCGCGCCGAGAAGCAGCGCGAGCUCGAGCUCGCGAGCCGCACCGACGAGUUUGCCGACGAGCUGGGCGACUUUGUCGGCAAGGGCAGGCUCAAGAAGAGCGGCGGGAUCGAGGAGACGGAGCGGUUGCGCCAGCUGAGGAGCGAGGCGACUUUGCGGCAGAUGUUCCAGGGCUAGACUCGUCGCCUGCACUGCAACUGAGAGCCGUGCACGUCCUCG